ACGUGUUUGCGGAGCGGGGCUGGGAUUCCAUCUUUUGUUCUCAACUCAGCUUUCCGGCGGAGAGUCCGACCUUACCGGCGCACGGAGGGACGGCGGCGGCCGGUGUGUGGGCUCUUUAGCCGCGCCGCGCGGGCCGAAAUGGAGGCUGAGGAUUUAAGUGGCAGAGAAUUGACAAUUGAUUCCAUAAUGAACAAAGUGAGAGAUAUUAAAAAUAAAUUUAAAAACGAAGACCUUACUGAUGAGCUAAGCUUGAAUAAAGCCUCUGCUGAUACUACAGAUAACUCGGGAACUGUUAACCAAAUUAUGAUGAUGGCAAACAACCCAGAGGACUGGUUGAACUUGUUGCUCAAACUAGAGAAAAACAGUGUCCCUUUAAAUGAUGCCCUUUUAAAUAAAUUGAUUGGUCGUUACAAUCAAGCAAUUGAAGCACUUCCUCCAGAUAAAUACGGCCAAAAUGAGAGUUUUGCUAGAAUUCAAGUGAGAUUUGCUGAAUUAAAAGCUAUUCAAGAGCCAGAUGACGCACGCGACUACUUUCAGAUGGCCAGAGCAAACUGCAAGAAAUUUGCUUUCGUGCAUAUAUCUUUUGCACAAUUUGAACUAUCACAAGGUAAUUUCAAAAAAAGUAAGCAACUUCUUCAUAAAGCUGUGGAAUGUGGAGCAGUGCCCCUAGAAAUGCUGGAAAUUGCCAUUCGGAAUUUAAACCUUCAAAAAAAGCAGCUGCUUUCAGAGGAAGAAAAGAAGAGUUUAUCAGCAUCUACAGUAUCAAAUGUGCAAGAACCGUUCCCCAGUACACUUGGACAUUUACCGAAUAGGAACAUCAGUUGUGAUUCCAGAGCACAGACUAAAGCCAGGUUUUUGUAUGGGGAGAACAUACCCCCUCAAGAUGCAGAGAUAGGCCAUCGAAAUCCUUUGAAACAAACAAACAAAGCUAAACGAUCAUGCCCGUUCGGAAGAGUCCCAGUUAACCUUCUAAGUAGCCCGGAUUACCAUGAGAAGACAGAUGCUUCAGUUGCACCACCUUUUACUAAAAGACAGAUCUCUGGAUCAGAAUGCCGAGAUACAGUCGUUUCUGGAUCUAAAUCAAGUGGAAAUGAUUCCAGUGACUUGAGACAUUUAACGUCUGUUAAAAAUAUUCGUUCCAAGGAACCUCAGAUGUCAGAUGAGAAGAGUUCUGAACUUAUUACUGAUUCAGUAACCCUGAAGAAUAAAAGUGAAUCAAGCCUUCUAACAAAAUUAGAAGAAACUAGAGAACAUCAAGAACCAAAGGUUCCAGAAAGUAACCAGAAACAAUGGCCAUCUAAGAGAAAGUCAGAAUGUGUAAACCAGAAUCCUGCUGCAUCUUCAAAUCAGUGGCAAAUUUCAGAGGUAAUCUCAAAAGUUGAUACAGAGCAGAAACAAACCAGUUUUGAGCAACCUGCCCUUUCGGUUUCAAAGCAGUCGCCACCGAUAUCAACACCUAAAUGGAUUGACCCAAAAUCUAUUUGCAAGACACCCAGCAACAGUGUCUUGGAUGAUUACAUGAGCUGUUUCAGGACUCCAGUUGUAAAGAACGACUUUCUACCUGCUUGUCAGUUGUCAACACCAUAUAGCCACCUUCCCUAUUUCCAGCAGCAACAGCAGCAAGUACCCGUUACUCCACUUCAAAAUUUGCAGAUUUCAGCAUCCUCUUCAGCAAAUGAAUGCAUUUCAGUUAACGGAAAAAUGUAUUCCAUACUGAAGCAGCUAGGAAGUGGAGGUUCAAGUAAGGUAUUUCAGGUGUUGAAUGGAAAGAAACAGAUACAUGCUAUAAAGUAUGUGAACUUAGAAGAAGCAGAUAGCCAAACAAUUGAUAGUUACCGGAAUGAAAUUGCUUAUCUGAAUAAACUACAACAACACAGUGAUAAAAUCAUCCGACUUUAUGAUUAUGAAAUCACAGAUCAGUACAUCUACAUGGUAAUGGAAUGUGGAAAUAUUGAUCUUAAUACUUGGCUUAAAAAGAAAAAAUCCAUCAAUCCAUGGGAACGCAAGAGUUACUGGAAAAAUAUGUUGGAGGCAGUUCACACGAUUCAUCAACAUGGUAUUGUUCACAGUGAUCUGAAACCUGCUAACUUUCUGAUAGUUGAUGGAAUGCUAAAGCUAAUUGAUUUUGGAAUUGCAAACCAAAUGCAACCAGAUACAACAAGUAUUGUUAAAGACUCUCAGGUUGGUACAGUUAAUUAUAUGCCACCAGAAGCAAUCAAAGAUAUGUCUUCCUCAAGAGAAAAUGGGAAAUCCAAAUCGAAGAUAAGCCCCAAAAGUGAUGUUUGGUCCUUAGGUUGCAUUUUGUACUAUAUGACUUACGGGAAAACACCAUUUCAGCAUAUCAUUAAUCAGAUUUCUAAAUUACAUGCCAUAAUUGACCCUAAUCAUGAAAUUGAAUUUCCUGAUAUUCCAGAGAAAGAUCUUCAAGAUGUGUUAAAGUGUUGUUUAAUAAGGGACCCUAAACAGAGGAUCUCCAUUCCUGAGCUCCUGGCACAUCCAUAUGUUCAGAUUCAAACUCAUCCAGGGAACCAGAUGGCUAAGGGAACCACUGAAGAAAUGAAAUAUGUUCUGGGCCAACUUGUUGGCCUGAAUUCUCCUAACUCCAUUUUGAAAACUGCUAAAACUUUAUAUGAGCACUAUAGUGGUGGUGAGAGUCAUGAUUCCUGUUCAUCAUCCAAGACUUUGGAAAAAAAAUGGGGAAAAAAAUGAUUUGCAGCUACACAUAAACUGUCAGCCCAGAUGUCCUGGCAUUGACUUUCUAGUCCGCGCUGACGCCACAGGAGAGCAAACGCUUGGAAGUUUGACAGGAACAAGGGGCAAGCAGUGAGCCUGUGUGUGCCCACAGCUCUGGGAAGCAGGUGAGGGCGGGGGCCAUCGUUCCCCGACUCUGAGGGGCUCCCUGGCUCUCUCUCGCAUGCAGACUCCCCAGAACUGACUGCUUGUCACCCCCAGAUGCUCUCCCCACCCCAGGCUGAGGCUCGCUCUGCUCCACGCGCUUGGCUGGCUGGAGAGGGCCCCCUUGUGGUAGGAGCGGGGAUGCCGCUCACCCCAGAAAUUUGGAAGCCAGGCUUAGUGCGUCAAAGUUCACAGCCCCCAGGCCGGUGUGGCAUAGCAGCGACAGCAGUUGUGGUUCUGGUUCUGGGCAAGAAUUUCU